CGUAUACUACUGUAACUCCUUCGUCUCUAUAUAAACACACUCGAUAAUUUGAUGGAAAUAAAUCCCCAGCCAUCAAUUUUUCUUUCAUCGACUGCCGUAAUCCGAUAUUGACCAAGCUAAUUUUCUGGGGUUGAGAAAUUCAGACCCGUAUCCCUGCGUAUCUGCAUCUAUCCAAAUUGUUUGGUUGGUGUUAAUCGAUUUUAAGGGUUCUUUGGUUUCGAGUAAUUAAUCGAUUCUGAAGCUUGUAAUUUGGAUUCAUUUCCAGGAAUGAAUUGGGGGUUUUGUAAUUCAAGUAAUUUGUUUUGAUUAAAUGAGUUCAUAACGCGAAUAAACUUGGGGUUUCUCAAAUACACAUCGGAAGAUGACGAUUGUGAAUGGAAAACCUCUGAAAGAAAAGAGAUCGAGAAAGAACAACAAACAAUCAUUGGUCGAUGAGAAAUCACCAUUGUUGCCGACCCAGAAAGGUGAAGAACAAGGUUUUGAUGAAUUCAAUGGCGCUUCUUUUCCUGGUGCGGUGUUCAAUCUAUCAACCACAAUCGUGGGUGCUGGAAUCAUGGCUUUACCUGCAACUAUGAAGGUUUUAGGACUUAUUCCUGGAAUUGCUUUGAUAAUCUUCAUGGCAUUCUUGACCGAUGCUUCCAUCGAUCUGUUGGUUCGAUUCACUAGGGCUGGAAAAUCGGUUUCUUAUGGAGGUGUUAUGGAAGACGCCUUUGGAAGUAUUGGUCGAAUGUUGUUGCAAGUUUGUGUCAUGGUUAAUAACAUCGGUGUUCUUGUUGUCUACAUGAUUAUCAUCGGUGAUGUGCUUUCGGGAACAACUUCCGAUGGAAUCCAUCAUUCCGGAGUUCUAGAAGGAUGGUUUGGAGUUCAAUGGUGGAAUGGUCGUUUCUUUGUACUUACUGUCACCACCCUUGGAGUUUUUGCACCAUUGGCAAGUCUAAAGCGUAUCGAUUCAUUGAGCUACACCUCCGCAUUAUCUGUAGCACUAGCAGUUGUAUUCCUUGUGAUCACAGCAGGAAUUACAUUCUUCAAAUUAAUAACCGGAAGCAUCUCGAUGCCCAAAUUGUUCCCCGAUAUAGUUGAUUUCACAUCCGCCUUCAAUCUCUUCACAGUCGUCCCUGUUCUUGUCACUGCUUACAUCUGCCAUUACAAUGUUCACUCCAUCGAUAACGAACUUGAAGACAAUACUCAAAUAAAAGCAGUUGUUCGAACAUCACUAAUCCUAUGUUCAUCUGUAUACGUGAUGACGAGUCUCUUCGGGUUCUUAUUAUUUGGUGAUGAAACCCUCGAUGAUGUUCUUGCAAACUUCGACACAAAUCUUGGAAUCCCGUAUAGUUCGUUGCUUAAUGAUGCUGUUCGCGUUAGUUAUGCACUCCAUUUGAUGCUUGUUUUCCCAAUCGUGUUUUUUCCAUUAAGAUUGAAUUUAGAUGGAUUGCUAUUCCCACGUAAGGGCCCACUAGUUUCUGAUAAUUUAAGGUUUGUGUCAAUCACUGUUGCCCUAAUUGGUGUCAUCUUUUUGGGGGCGAAUUUUAUUCCGAGCAUUUGGGAUGCUUUUCAAUUCACCGGUGCAACGGCGGCUGUUUGCAUUGGGUUUAUUUUUCCCUCUGCAAUCACUCUCGGGGAUCGAUAUGGAAUUGCGAGCAAGAGGGAUAAGAUUUUGUGUGUUUUCAUGAUUGUGCUUGCGGUUUUCUCGAAUGUGGUGGCGGUUUAUAGUGACGCAUUGGCUUUGUUCAAGAGGAAUGGUGGAUCGACACGCGAAUGAUGGGUGUUGUUUGGAGAUAGUUUUAUUUUUGUGAAGAUAGAACUCGAGUCAUUCGUGUUUUGAGUUGUAUAGAUGUGUGCUUGUGUUUUCGAUUGUUGUUUAUCUUGUAAGAUGUGUUUCUAUAUCAUGUUUUCCUUUCACUACAUUUAAAAUUCGACUUCGUGUUACAUAAUAAUAUGUGCAAAUGCAUUUUUUUCCGAGAA